AAAUAGUUUGAAAGGCAAUGAAUUGAAUCACUGAUUAUCAGCAAUAUCAAGGCUUAUUACUACAUACUGUUCAGUGUUGUGAGUAGCAGCAAACAUAUGUAACAUCAGUACAUGUGUAUAUACAAAGCAGUUCUAAAUUUAUAAGUGACUUCUGAAUAACUGUAUACUGUUGUCAUGCGAGCAGUUAUACAAAGAGUCAGCAGUGCCAGAGUUGAAGUUGAGGGAAACACUGUGGCUGCAAUAGGAUUGGGUCUUUGUGUAUUUCUUGGUAUUCAUAUAAAUGAUACACAAAGAGACAUAGAGUAUGUGGCUCGCAAGAUAGUCAACAUUCGAUUGUUUGACACAGAUUCAGGUGCCAGGGUAAGUGUCAAGGCCAGAGGAUAUGAAGUGUUGUGCCGCAGUCAGAUAACACUCUGCAGUACCAUUCAGGGCUUCAAGAUUAGCUAUCAUCAAGCUAUGUCACCUGAGAGCGCCAGGUCACUGUACCAGACCUUCCUGGAGACCAUACGGAAAGAGUAUUGCCCGGAAAAAGUUAAAGAGGGAAUGUUUCAAGUUCACUCCCAAGUCCAUAUAAAUAAUGAUGGACCUCUCACCAUCAUUCUGGAUUCUAAUGAGAAGAAUUGGGAUCACAACUCUUGCAAGUCUGCUCAAGCUAAAAAAAAUAGUUUUUCUUGUGAAUAAUGAAGUAUUUGAUACAAAAAAUACAAUUUUUAUACUUAAUCAGAACAGUUUGAGGUAUUAAAAUGUUGUGAAAGAAAUCCUUACAAUGCACUUUAAAAAUUUUAUUACUUCAGUAUAAAAUAAAGUACAAUAAUUAAAUUGUGUAUUAGUAUGCUUCAUGUAAAGUACAUUUUUGAAGCACAUCUAUGGAAAUUCACUAGGGAUGAAAUUAUUUUAAGAUGAUCGGAUCAAGCCUAUUUCAGACAGUUCACAUUUAGGAAAAGACAGAACAACAUGAACAAUCUUUUUGUAUUGAUUCCUAAAAACUGAGCAGCAAUAUCUACAACAGAUACACAUAUGCAUCUAAGGCUAGGGUCAACAUUUUAUUUUAUAGCCUUAGAAUGUAAUAAUUGCUAACAGAAAGAAACUGAUAAAAUAAUAGUGUAUACAACUUAGUCUAACUAAUUUACGUUAGAAAGUUUACAAUGUAACACACAUUUAUUUGUUAAAAUUAAGCAAUAUUUCCAAUUUGUGCACUGAAACGUCAUAAAAUGUUUACUUUAUAUAUUAAAAUCGAUUUAUAUCCAAUAAUAAUUGUAUAAAAAUUGGAUUCUUUUAGUAUAUUUUGGAUAGCCUAAAAUUUUGGAUGCCAGAUAAUUACAUCCCCAGUGAACUUUUAAACAGUAUUUACCAUGUUGGGUUUCAAUUUACCAACAGAAAACCUAAAGAACGUAUUUCUGAAAGAAACACGUCCUGGUGGUUUUCAAAUACUAAGGUUCCCACUUUAAAACCAGCCACCAAUGUCUGAAGUAUUUUUAAGAGAUCUUUAUCUAUAACCCAGUUUCUAAUUACAAAUUAUGAAAAGAAAAGUUUUCUAAAACAUAGUUUACUUUUAUGGAGAGUAUAACAAAUACAGUUCAAUCUUGAUAAUCCGACAUUUGCCAGUCCGA